GUUUGUUUUUAUACUUUGCACAUGAAACAUGUGAUUUCCCUCGAACGCUCGCCGCCGAAGCCAGAGUUUUCUUUAGAGUUUUCCCCUCGCCGCCGGCCGCAAGAGUGAGCGAGAGAGCGAGUGUUCGUGAGUGCGUUCGUGAGUUUCGUUCAAUUGUUCGUGUCGUGUCGUGUCAUUGGACAUUUUCCUAAAGCGAGAUUUUUGUAACGGAAAUCGCUGGAGUGCUAAUUAAAUUUGCAUCUGCCGAUUUAAGUGGAUGUCAAAUUUUUAGUCAUAGGGACUAGUAAAUAAUUGUAAUUAAAUUAAAAAAAAAAAAAAAACACAAACUCUGCCAUAAAUCUUAGUUAUAGUAGCCUGCUGUGUUAUUUCCACAUGGCCCACAUAAAUCAAUAAGAAACAAAUAAUAAAUCACCAAGUUCGAGUUAAAUAUUUAAUUUCACACCAAACGAUAUAAGUGGCUAUGCAAUUUUCGUGCGAAUUUAUUGCUGUCUACAAAUCCAUGUGCAUAAAUAAAUGAGGCUGUGACCAGCCAGUUGACCCGUGAGCCGUAAUUUAUCCGGGCAUCCACGUGAGGACAACCCCAAGUUGCCGAAAGUUUCGCAGUGAAUUUAUUGCCAAUGCCGCGCUCGCGCAAUACGUUGUCCUUUGGGCCUCGUUGUUGGCCAGCGACGAGCAGCUUAGCGUUAAUAAAAAUCCUCAGCCAGCACAGGAAAUCAUAAACACCAGAAACUCAAACCCACAAUAACUCACACUUUAGCGUGCCCGGAAAAAUGCCAAAGCACGAACGGAAGAAACAAUAAAUAUCAACAGGAGUCCAAGAAAAUCAGCUUUAUAUACUACAUUAUCAACGUAUCAGCAACUGACCAAAUACAUUUAAUAACUAAGUAAUAAAUAAACAAAUACCUAAUCCAACAACUGUGCGGACCAAAACGCGGAAAACUAUUCUAAGCAGUAAAAAUUAAUGUGAGACUUGUGCUUGUAAACAAAACGAAGACCAAACAGUAUCGGUUAUACGGAUCUAAUCUAGGAACAAUUAUAUUUAGCUUAGCUUUAAGUGUACAUAUGACCAGAAUGGAAUACAAACUUGGUAAAAGCUUUAAACUAGUCAACUAAGAGCGGAAGGGGCAAAACCAAACUCGAAUUUUGCUGUCAAUUCUCGUGUGUAAUGUGUAACUGAACUAGUAAACUGUAGACUGUGCUAUAAACAUAUUCAACCUAUUUAACUAUAAACUAACUAACAAACAUAUACAAUAUAUUAUUGUCGAUAAAAAGCAUUUAGACCGGGCAAACAAAGAUCGCUUUCAGAAUGUCAAUGUUCUUCUUUCGAUUGCAUAACCUGCAGCGCGCCGAGGAGAACAAGCGCAAGAAGCGCGUGGAGCAGCAGCGCCAACAGCAGCGCCAGCGGCGGGGGGCCAAGGUCUUCAAGUGUGUCAGCGACUCCACCGGCCAUUUGACCCUGGCCCCCUCGCGCCUCUUCGAGCGCACGCCCAUGAGCCCGUCGGACAGUCUGGACGAGAUCGCGCUGCAGAUCCCCAGAGUUCGUGUAGAGUACUAUGUGAACGAAAACACAUUUAAAGAAAGACUGCAACUCUAUUUCAUUAAGAAUCAGCGUUCAAGCCUGCGCAUUCGAAUCGCCGAUUUAUUCCUUAAGUUACUGUCGUGUGUUCUCUACAUAAUACGUGUGAUAUUGGAUAAAAAUCCAACAUUUAUAACAUGCUAUGGCUGCGAAGUGGGCAAUAAAACGGAGUUCAUCAUCUCGGCCAAACUGACGGAGGAGGAGUUCCAGGAGCAGCCCAUCAUCAACUGGGACGCCAUACUCUGGGUGAAUCGGCCAACAGUGCUCUGGGUCCUGCAGCUGCUUCUAGCCAUGGUGUCGCUAACGCAAUCCUUGGUCCUCACAUAUCUAGGCUAUAAGGGCAACAUCUGGCAGCAGAUACUCUCAUUUCACUUUAUACUAGAAUUAGUAACGACAAUACCCUUUGCACUUACGAUUGUUCAUCCCCCGCUGCGGAAUCUGUUCAUUCCCAUUUUCCUCAACUGUUGGCUGGCCAAGCGAUCGCUGGAGAAUAUGUUUAAUGACCUCCAUCGUGCCAUGCAGAAGUCUCAGUCAGCACUCUCGCAGCAGUUGACCAUUUUAUCAGCCACAUUGCUGUGUCUAGUCUUCACGAGCGUUUGUGGCAUCCAGCACUUCCAGCGGGCCGGUCAUCGUCAUCUAAAUCUCUUUCAGAGCACUUACUAUGUGGUUGUGACCUUUUCCACGGUGGGCUAUGGUGACUUUGUGCCGGACAUUUGGCCCUCGCAGCUCUAUAUGGUCAUCAUGAUUUGUGUGGCCCUCAUUGUGCUGCCCACGCAGUUCGAGCAGUUGGCCUUCACGUGGAUGGAGCGGCAAAAGCUGGGCGGCAGCUACAGUUCGCACCGCGCUCAGAGCGAAAAGCACGUGGUGGUGUGCUCCACCACCCUGCAUGCGGACACCAUCAUGGACUUCCUCAACGAGUUCUACGCCCAUCCGCUGCUGCAGGACUUCUAUGUGGUGCUGCUAAGUCCCAUGGAGCUGGACACGACGAUGCGGAUGAUCCUGCAGGUGCCCAUUUGGGCGCAGCGCGUCAUUUACAUUCAGGGCUCGUGCCUGAAGGAUGGCGACUUGGCCCGGGCCCGCAUGAACGAGGCGGAGGCGUGCUUUAUCCUGGCGGCCAGAAACUAUGCGGACAAAACGGCCGCCGACGAGCACACCAUUCUACGCUCGUGGGCCGUCAAGGACUUUGCCCCAAAUGUGCCGCAGUAUGUGCAGAUUUUCAGACCGGAGCACAAGCUGCAUGUGAAGUUCGCGGAGCACGUGGUCUGCGAGGACGAGUUCAAGUACGCCCUUUUGGCCAACAACUGCACCUGUCCCGGCGCCAGCACACUGGUCACCCUGCUGCUCCACACAUCCCGCGGACAGGAGGGCCAGCAGAGUCCGGAGGAGUGGCACCGGCUGUACGGCAAGUGCUCCGGAAACGAGAUCUACCACAUUGUGCUGGGCGACAGUCGAUUCUUUGGCGAGUACGAGGGCAAGAGCUUCACAUACGCCAGCUUUCAUUCGCAUCGCAAAUAUGGAGUGGCCUUGGUGGGCGUGCGUCCGGCUGAGCUGCCCGAAUUCUACGAGGAAACCAUUCUGCUGAAUCCCGGACCCAGGCACAUUAUGAAAAAGGAUGACACGUGCUAUUACAUGAGCAUCACCAAGGAGGAGAAUUCCGCAUUUGUCGUUAAUCAAAAUCAAACAUCGGACCCCACGGCAGCUGCCAAGGAAGGGGGCGGGGUCGGUGGCGGUGGCGGGGGCGGACCCUCCUCGUCCACUUCCCCCCACCGCGCGACUGCAACUGCCAGCGAUAAUCCGACGGCUGUGAUAAUCUCGGACUCCAGGCAGAACCUCAAGGACACGACGGUGACCCAGACGGCGGCAACGAUAACCACCACGACCCUGCCUCCUCCUUCCCAGGCGAUGGGAUCCCCCAGCAUGGCCGGCGGAUCGGGUGGCGGUGGUGGUGGUGGAGGAGGCCUGGGACUGGGACUGGGUAGUGCCCACAGCAUGGGCACCUCGCUGAGCAUCACCCCAGCCACUCUGACCACCACUGGCAAUCACCUCGAUGUGCCCUUCGCCAACAAUCCCAACCUGCUCAGUCCGGAUGUGCUCAACCAGCGGAGGGGCAGUAGACGUCCCUCAAUCCUGCCCGUUCCCGAUAUGUUCACCUCAUCAUCGUUCAGCAUCGCUGGCAAUGACGAUGGCGAGGAGGGGGACGAGAGUGAUGAUGAGAUCGACGACGAGAUGCCCUGGCGUUCGCCCUCCGAGAAGAUUGCCUGCUUGGGCGGGCACUUUCCACAAUCGCGCACCUAUUCGCUCAUCAUGAGCUCCUCGGAGGAUUCCUAUCAGCGAGGUUGCAGCUUCUGCAAUGCCACCGCUUCCGCUUCCGCUGCUGCUGUUGCUGCUGCUGCUCCAGCUGCUGCUCCUGCUAAUUCCGCUUAUGCUGGCGACUCUCCAGGCGAGUCCGCCACCAAUGCUGAUUCCCUUGAAUUCGCCACUGCGGUGCCAUCCGAAGAGUACCUGCCCCAGUUGCGCAGGCGGGUCAUGAAGAAGAGCUUCAGCUGCGAUAGUGAGUGCCGCUCUGUGCCCGCAAUGGGACCAGGAAUGGGAUUGGGUCUGGGGGGACAAGGAGGAGGAGGAGGAGGAGGAGGAGCCUUGGCCAGGUUGGCGGCUCGAAGGCGCCAGUUGCAGCGAUGUUGCUCCUGCAGCUGCUCCACCACCACAACAACUACAACCACGCCGGCGGUGGCAGCAGCAACAGCAGCAGCAGUAGGAGGAAGUGGGGCAACUGCAUUCACGUCGAGCAGUUCCGUAGAGACACGUCGACCGGUGCGUCCGGUUUGGGUCUACGACUACUCCUGCAUCGUCAAGGGCUUUCCACCCGUGUCACCCUUCAUUGGCGUGAGUCCGACGCUCUGUUACCUGCUCAAAGAGAAAAAGCCCCUCUGCUGUCUGCAGCUGGCUCAGGUCUGCGAGCACUGCAGCUAUCGAAAUGCCAAGGAGUAUCAGUGGCAGAACAAGACCAUCAUCCUGGCAGCGGACUAUGCCUCCAAUGGCAUUUACAACUUCAUCAUCCCGCUGAGAGCUCACUUCCGAUCGAAGACCUCGUUGAAUCCCAUCAUUUUGCUGUUGGAAAGACGGCCAGACGUGGCCUUCUUAGAUGCCCUCUCCUACUUUCCACUGGUCUACUGGAUGCUGGGUUCGAUCGACUGCCUGGACGAUCUGCUGAGAGCCGGCAUCACAUUGGCCGAAAGUGUGGUGGUGGUCAACAAGGAGCUAUCCAAUUCGGCCGAAGAGGACUCCCUCUCCGAUUGCAACACCAUUGUGGCCGUGCAAAAUAUGUUCAAAUUCUUUCCCAGCAUCAAGAGCAUCACGGAGCUGUCGCAGAGCUCCAACAUGAGGUUCAUGCAGUUCCGGGCCCACGACAAGUAUGCCCUGCAUCUCAGCAAAAUGGAGAAGCGCGAGAAGGAGCGCGGCUCGCACAUAUCCUACAUGUUCCGGCUGCCCUUCGCCGCGGGAGCCGUGUUCAGUGCCUCCAUGCUGGACACGCUGUUGUAUCAGGCCUUCGUGAAGGACUAUGUGAUUACGUUCGUGCGACUGCUGUUGGGCAUUGACCAGGCGCCGGGUAGCGGGUUUCUGACCUCGAUGCGCAUCACCAAGGAUGACAUGUGGAUACGCACAUAUGGGCGGCUGUAUCAGAAGCUCUGCUCCACCACCUGCGAAAUACCCAUUGGGAUUUACCGCACGCAGGACACCUCGAAUGCGGACACGUCUCAUGUGAGUAACUCGCCGGUCGAGAGAUGGGGACCCUUCUCGGCCUUCAGCAGGCAUUGUGUGCGCUUGCGUCCAUCGUACGACGAGGAGACCGGCACGCCCGACUCGACGAAGGACUCAACGGAAAUGCUGCGCGGGGUCACCUACCGUCCGCCGGGGUCGGCAACAGGUGGCGCCAGCAGUUUCCGGCCGCAGCCCCAGCGCCAGCGGUCAGUCAACUGUUUGGGCGGUUGCUCGGAGCGCAAGGGAUCAUCCUAUUCCAUCAAUCUGGCCGAUGAGGCGAGGGACAACCAUGCCCAGCAGAUUGAGCGGGCAGAGAUCGCUAAUCUUGUGAGAAGUCGGAUGGAGUCCCUGAAUCUGCCCACCAUCGACUAUGACGAUGUGAGUGAGAAGCGCAACCAUCUGUCCUAUGUGAUAAUCAACCCGAGCUGUGAUCUCAAACUGGAGGAGGGCGAUCUCAUAUACUUGGUGAGGCCUUCGCCGUUCUCGGCCCAAAAGACCUUCGAGCGACACAACUCGCGCCGCAAGUCAAACAUCUCGUUUUGCUCGAACAUUAAUCUGGGCGCCACCUGCGGUCCCCAGAUGCCGCAGAUGAACAUGAACAUGAACAUGAACAUGGCCAAUACCGCCGUCGGGGCUGGAUCGCGUCGAGGAUCCGGCAUCGCCGGCUUGAACCCCAUGCAAAUGCAGAGUGUCCAGACCUUGGCCGGGUAUGGAUCAUCCUCGCAGCGCUGUAGCCCCCCGAUGCAGCAAAUUAAAUCGAAUUCUCUUUCUCUACCCGACAGUCCGACGGUGGUUGGCAAUCAGCGCGGACGGAGUAACUCAUUGCGGAUCGACAACGACAUCCUGCUCCGUCGAUCCUCGUCCCUGCGACAGGGCCUUCCCAGCGUUGGCGUCAGCCACGGCCGGCGAAAGUCGUCGCUGGAGGAGAUCGGCAUCAGUCACUUCACCACACUGAUGCAGGCAACGAACCAUAGUAAUCCCAUCAAGAUAUCGCUGAACGGCAGCAUCGGCAUGGAGAAUCAAAUCUCGCUGCAGGUGACGCCGCCCGAGGAGCCCACACCCAUGUUGGGCGUACCCUGUGUAUUGGGCGGUGGUGGUGGCGGUGGCAUUAACCCAUCCGGAGCGGGUUCCUCCACCGGCGUAAUGAUGGGCACCGGCUCUUCGCUGGCCAUCAAUACCGCCGACCUGGGACCUGGACCGAGCACCUCAUCCGGGGCCAGUGGGUCCCUGCAGGCACAGGACUCGCUGGGGCAGCAGUCGGCUCAAGUGUCCUCGCCACAGCACUUGCAGGGGACGAUCGUAUGAUACAACCUGAUGUGGGGGCGCCGACUCCGCUCCUCCAUGUCGAAAAACAAGUGGAUAUAGAAUACGGCCGGCACACACAGACACACCCGUAGAGAUAAGUUCUAGGCAGAGCGAAAGUAUUAGGAACCCAACCAAAUAAAAUAAAACCACCCACCCCAAGAGGCUGUCUGUGGUGUGUGACUCCCGGCAAAUCCAUUUCGAGUUCCCUUAAGUUAGUCUCGUAUGUUCAAUAGAUCACGAUCACUAUAUCAUUAGAGGCGCGUGCUUAUCGGUUAAUCCCCUUAGGAGUAUGUAUAGAUAUAUAUUGUAAUAAUAUAUUGCAAGUUUUGCAAUUAGUUGUAAGCUAAUGAUUAUGACGGCUUUGCACACUUAAAAGCCGCGGCAAAUUGUGUUUUGGGAACAACAAAUGUAGUUAAACUAUUGGAUAGGUGGGACUAUGAAGAUUUAGCAAACUGUAUAACUGUAUAUAUCUGAUGCCUAGUUGUAAGCAUAUCCGAGAAGUCAAAAGUAGCAAACUAUCAAAUAGAUCGGGCUAAAAAGCUUAAAACCAUGUACUUGUAUAUACCUUAGGUAUGACCACUUAGUUGGGCCUCAGCUCGAUUUAGCUUCCCCUUCCCUCCCUUCGGAAGGAACUUCCUCUGACCCACUUAAACCCCAUAUAGAUACAUAUAUGAAGGUGCUAUCAAUGUCUUGUACUAUACACACACACUCAGAUAAAUGUUUUGUGAAACUUCUAGAAAUGUUCUACAAAAUUAUAGAAAGGUAGAUAAGAAACCAAGAAAGUGAAAAGGUUUUCAUAACAUAAAUUGGAACGGGCUUUGGUAUACUCUAAUGCUUUACAAAACCAACAACAAAAAUAUGUAUACAUAUAUAAGAAUAAAUCAAAGAAUUUGUAUAUAAACUAUCUAGGUAAGGAAACCAACCAUGCAUUCAAGAAAAAACGAGAACGAAAACAAACUACUAGAACCUAAUGGAACAACUUAAAUCGAAAACAACAGAAUCUAGGAAUAGAGUUCUAGUUUAGAGUUAACUAAUUAAGGCUAGUUUGGACCGAGGAUCGAGUACCGGCAACUGAACCAAAUUCAAUGAGCUAUUAGAACCAGCGUUCGCAGCUGACACAACCCUGUAGCAACGCAACCCACGUCCCUUUAAAUUAAUUCGAUCCCAGCUAUAGGCUCUAUAGGAAGAAGCUAAAGUAGCUAAAACAAUGUACCUACACGACCAUUUACCACACAAACAUCCAUACACUCACUUAAAAAUGUUAGUUAAAGCACCCAAAGCAGUUUUAUAAGGAAAUUUUAGUCAACGACGACGAUGUAAUGCAUUCCAGUGUCUCGAGAGGAAACUAGUUAAGCUUAUGCCUAGCACCCCCAGAAACCUAUUUAUAUAGAUCUGUAUACUUAUGUAUCUGUAUAUCUGCAUCUACCACAUAGAUCAAAUCGAUGUCUCAAUGUACAAAAGUAGGUAACUAAACCGCAACUGGCAUUGGCUGCAGCAUUAGAGAUACAUUUAGUGUGAACUAGGGUAUAAACUUGCUGUAAUAUUUAUCGGCGCCAUGCUCUUUAAAGCAUGUCGAACAGAACUCACAAUAAACUCA